AAUGACAUUAUGAUUAAUAUUGAAGAAGAAAAUCCUGAGGACCAGCAUGCAACUAUCCAACAAAUGUUAGAAGUACUAUUGGAGGAUUUUGUUCAGGAGUGUGACCAAUCAGAAGAUAGUUCUAGCGAUGAUAAUCACUCAGACGAAUCUACAAGUGAAAGAGAGUUUCAACUAAAAAACCCUAAGCGGUGA